UAGAUCUCGCAUAAAGAAAAAACUGAAAGUACAGAAGCAGAAUCAAGAAGCAUCACCGUAAACACCUCCUUAUCACUCAGGCCUCACCAUGCCUACUCUAACUCUAAAAUCACCCCAUGCUCAAAUCUUCCAAACUCCACCACAUUGCUUCUUCCCCUUCCCUCAAUCUUCCUCUUCCCUCCUCACCUUUUCUCCUCUGCCCAUUUCCCUUUCUUCUCUUAACUUCCUCUGUAAGUCCCUCACAGCCACCAUUUCCCGCUCUGUCUCAGCCCACAACCACCAUACAACCACUGAACCAUGGCUGGCCCAACUCCCAGAACAACCCAACACCACUGCCACUGUAGAAGAGGCACCUCCAGAAGAGGGCCCAAUAGAAAUCCCAUCUUCCAGUCCUUCCGUUUUCGCCACCUCCGACAAGCCUACUCCCAUCCAAACUGCCACCAGUGUCCUCCUCACUGGCGCCAUCACUGUCUUCCUCUUUCGCUCCAUCCGCCGACGAGCUAAACGCGCCAAAGAAUUGAAACUUAGGUCAUCAGGAGCUAAGAAGUCGUUGAAGGAGGAAGCAUUGGAGAAUUUAAAGGUAAUGGUGCCAACACCGAUUGAUGCUAAGUCUUCACCUUCACCUGUUCAAGCAUUGCUGGGAGGUUUAACAGCGGGUGCCAUUGCGUUGCUUCUUUACAAGUUCACCACCACUAUUGAGGCUGCUCUCAAUCAGCAACCACUUUCAGAUAACUUCUCAGUUCGCCAGAUAACCAUAACCAUCAGGACUAUUGUCAACGGUUUGUGUUACCUUGCUACAUUUGUCUUCGGCAUAAAUUCUGUAGGAUUACUUCUUUACUCUGGCCAGCUUGUGAUCAACUCCUUUAUGGGAGAUUCUCCACCAAACGAGUCAAAAAAUGGAGGUGAAGCACAGGUAAAAUCAUCAGAUGAAUCACCGAAAGGUCCCAUUGACAGUUCUGGGAUAAGGAGUCUUAAUGAGGAUCCAAGUUCAGAUAGUUCACAAUAAUUGCAGAUUAACAGACACCAAAGCCCUCUAGUAAACGAGAUUGAAUUUAGACUAUAACAGCAGGGCAGAGAUGUUGUGUUUUUGAGAAGGUCUAUGGAAACGGGGAUCCCAGCGGUUGUAGUUAAUUUGCCUCGUCUAGAACAGGCAAAAGGAAACUACUGAUUCCCUUGUAAGUUACAAAUUUGGAAGGAAAUGAAUGAACUGGAGACAAGGAAACUUCUGAUUUGCUUGUAUGCAUUGUGGAUCUUCAAUCUUUGUAAAGGUAAAAAAAUCUUUGAUAAAAACAACUGUGUACAAUUGUGAGUUACAAUGUAAAUUUUUUGGGUAAAUUCAGCAAGAAAAAGGAGAGGUCGUGAUUACUCUA